AUACUUCAAUCGUUUGUAAUCAAAAAACCAUUUUAAAAUAAGUUUUUUUUAUUUUCAGUAAUAUUCGUGGACAAGUAAAUUAUAUCUUUAGUAAAACUAAAAUGAACGUAAAGAAAAACGGAUUUAAAGUAUGAACUAAAAGUGGUUUCAAAAUGUAACUGCAAUUCAAACGAAAUAAUAAUCAGGGCGUAUAAAUUAAAACGUGACAUUGAAUUCAAAUACACAAUAAUAAUAGAGAAAAAUAUAAUUUGCGUUGAAUACGAAUAAUUAUUGGUAGACGUUACUAUGUCUACGACAAAGUUUGCUUUGUUCGGACUGGUAUUAUCCUUGAUAAGAGCAUCGUCGAAAUGGCAUCUGACAAAAUGUUGCCCACCGGGAGAAAUCUUUUUAAGAAAUUCCACCAAGUGUGUUUCAAAACCGGGAUACGAGAUAGAGAUUUAUUCUCACUAUUGGAACAUUACCAGAGAGUUCCAAGGAAUUCCUCAGUGCAACGAAUCUGACGAUCUUAUAACAACGCCACUCGACGAUCUCGAAUCAAACACUAUCUUAGAGGUGCCAGCUUGCUUUGAAACAUUUUACGAACUAACACAAAAAGAAACCAUAAUAAUUGUUUACUGUCGUGCAAAUAAAACUCUACCAGUGAAAACAAUUAACACAUCCUUUGCACAGUUCUUACACAUCAGAAAAUGCUGUUUUGGCAAUACAAUAUUCGACAGCCGCACAAAGGCAUGUGUAACUCGGUUAAGCGAAUCACACAGUCUUGGAACAUUUUUGCUAAAUAGAUCGGCUGAUGCAGAAGGUGUGGUGAUAGCCACUCAUGGUCCACCUAAGUGCAAAGGGCCAAUCGUUAACUAUGAAGUUAACGAAAACGAUAUCUUCAUACGAAACAGUAUCAUACGAAACAGUACAUAUACGGUAAGCAAGGAAUUAGAACGUGAAAAAGCAUUAUCUUCUGGAUAUGUCGAUGAGAAUUAA